AUGAGCGAUACUGUAGCAGAAAUUUUUAAAUUAUUUCAAGAUCAUUUAAAUAAUGAACAGGAGAUACGAGAGGUGAAUGAAAUUCGAAACAAUGUGAAACAAAUUGAAAAAAUUACUAGAGACAUUGUAAUAAUUUUACAAAAUAUUCAUAAUGAGCAUACAGAAGAAAAUAUAAUAGUUGCUGAUUAUUGUACCAAAGCAAGAACAUUAUUUGAAGAUGUACGUAAAUAUUAUGAAAAACUUGCAAUUAUUGUACCAACAGAUCAGUAUUAUCGUUUUCACUUUGAAUGGAAAUCAGUCACACAGAGAUUAUGUUAUUUAGCAUCUCUCGUUGUAUACUUAGAAGUUCGAAUACUUGUAACCAAGGAAAUUGCAGCAGAUAUUUUAGGAAUAAAACAGAAAAGCGAAGAUGGAUUUCACUUGGAUUUAGAAGACUUUUUAAUGGGUUUAUUACAACUUUCUACUGAAUUAAGUCGUUAUGCUAUCAAUAGUGUUACCAAUGGAAAUUAUCAUCAACCAAUGGAAAUUGCACAUUUUGUUAAUGAAUUAAAUGCAGGAUUUCGACUUUUAAAUUUGAAAAAUGAUGCAUUAAGAAAACGUUUUGAUAGCUUAAAAUAUAAUGUUAAAAAAAUUGAGGAAGUAGUUUAUGAUCUUAGUAUACGUGGUCUUAAACCAAAUACUAAUAUAACGCAAGAAUCGACUGUAGUACAAGGUAACAAAAUAUAA